UACACCAUAUCAAUGUAUCUACGCCAGCACUGGAAAGACGAACGGCUAAAGUAUGACAGCCGACUAGGCAAUCUCUCAUUGGACGGCAGACUCGCUGACGUCAUAUGGGUGCCGGACACUUACCUGGCCAAUGACAAGAGCUCUUUUGUACAUGACGUCACCGUUAAAAAUAGACUUCUACAGUUAAGCUGCGACGGCAGCGUUAUCUACGGCAUGAGGAUUACAACAGUAGCGUCCUGCAUGAUGGACUUACGGCAUUAUCCCAUGGACCAACAAAACUGCACUCUGGAGAUAGAAAGCUAUGGCUACACACUGACGGAUCUCUCGUAUUCGUGGCAGUAUGGCGGCAAGUCAGUCCUCGGGAUGGACGACAUUGAAAUAGCACAGUUUACCAUCACAGAGUGGAAACUGGUGUCCAGAAUUCAGACCUUCUCCACGGGAGCGUAUCCCAGAUUGUCUUUGAGCUUCCUUCUAAAGAGAAACAUUGGUUACUUUGUGCUUCAGACCUACCUUCCUUCCAUUCUUCUUACCAUACUCUCAUGGGUGUCUUUCUGGAUUAACCACGAGGCAACGUCAGCUAGAGUCGCCUUAGGUAUAACGACGGUGCUCACCAUGACAACAAUUAGUACAAGCGUUCGUCAAUCCCUUCCACGUAUCUCCUACAUCAAAUCAAUUGACAUCUACGUGGUCACGUGUUUCGGUUUCGUGUUUGCUGCCCUCCUCGAGUACGCCAUCGUCAACUUUAAUUAUUGGUCGCAACACAAGAGGAAGGCCAAGGAGGCAUUGAAGAGCGCCACCGCGUGUUCGUCUACGCCCACCACAGACAAUAAUGCCAACAGUAGUAAUAAUGCUUCGAAUCUUAGAACCAGAAAGUUCCGCGAUAACACGUAUCAACAGCUUCAACUAAAUCAAAGUGUUGGUCAGAGGCUGUCAGGGAGAGACCCAAACGACCCCAACGAUGUCGAAGUCAUGGAAGAAAUCCCAAUGAACAGGCUGAAUGGACUCGAAGGGACCGAGACCCACGUCCGGAAACCUUCAUGCACCGGAGGCAAAGUCCGGCGACGGUCAAGCGGUACCAACUACCGGCACACCCCGCCGUGGUUCGGUCCGGGUAGCUCCGGGCGGGCUAGGAACUCUACAUUACGGAGACGGACAAUACGGGUGCACCUCCCGAAAGUGCGCAAUGUGCAUAUCAUCGAUAGCUACGCCAGAAUUCUAUUCCCGAGUCUCUUUAUUAUUUUCAAUAUUGUCUACUGGAGUGUGUAUCUGAUGUGGCAGCAACAGUGGAAAAACAAUCAAACUUGGAGUGAAUGAAAGUCUUCUAGAACUUUUUCGUAAUGUAGUCAAAUUUUUUUUUUUUUUUGCUUCUUCUACAAAAUGAUUUUAGCAUGCUCUGGAGGAUAUACAUUCGGCAACAUGUGACUGUCAAUGUUUUUGCCUCAACCAUCCUACAAUUUAACUGAACGACGAGUCUUGAGCAAUGUCAACCAACGA